AUGGCAUCCCCACGAACCAUAACUAUCGUGGCCCUCUCAGUGGCCCUGGGACUCUUCUUUGUUUUCAUGGGGACCAUCAAGUUGACCCCCAGGCUCAGCAAGGAUGCCUACAGUGAGAUGAAACGUGCUUACAAGAGCUAUGUUCGAGCCCUUCCUCUGCUGAAGAAAAUGGGCAUCAAUUCCAUUGUCCUUCGGAAAAGCAUUGGUGCUCUUGAAGUGGCCUGUGGCAUUGUCAUGACCCUGGUACCCGGUCGUCCCAAAGAUGUGGCCAACUUCUUCCUGCUCUUGCUGGUGUUGGCUGUGCUUUUCUUCCACCAGCUGGUCGGUGAUCCUCUCAAACGCUACGCCCAUGCUCUGGUGUUUGGAAUCCUGCUCACCUGCCGCCUGUUGAUUGCUCGAAAGCCUGAAGACAGAUCUUCUGAGAAGAAGGCCUUGCCUGAGAGUGCAGAGGAGCAGCCAUCCUUAUAUGAGAAGGCCCCACAGGGCAAAGUGAAGGUGUCAUAAAAAUUGGGAGUACAAAGAAUGGACCUUCUAGGAAGUUGCUUCCUUGACACCCAAGAUGACAUCAGUG